UUUGCACAGGGCAGGAUCCCCAGACCUCCACAAUGUCAGCCCCUGCCUCGGGGCCCCAUCCUCCUUCUUACCUGCUGCUGCCUCUGCUGUUGGAACUCACAGGUGUGGCAGGUGAGGCGGAACUGCAGGUGAUCCAGCCCGAGAAGUCGGUGUCUGUGGCAGCCGGACAGACGGCCACUCUUCACUGCACCCUGACCUCCCUGCAGCCCGCUGGGAAAGUCGACUGGUUCAGGGGCACAAGGCCAGGCCGGGAGUUAAUCUUCAGUUUCAGAGGAGACCCUCACUCCCCUCGAGUAACAAAUGUUACAGACGUCACAAAGCGAAACAACAUGGACUUUUCCAUCCGCAUCAGUAACAUCACCACAGAAGACACGGGAACCUACUACUGUGUGAAGUUCCAGAAAGGGAACCCCGAUGUGGAGUUUAAGUCUGGACCAGGCACCCAGGUCAUCGUGAGCGCCAAACCCUCUCCCCCCGUGGUGUCGGGCCCCACGGCCAGGGCCACACCUGAGCAGACUGUGAGCUUCACCUGCGAGUCCCACGGCUUCUUCCCCAGAAACAUCACCCUGAAAUGGUUCAAAAACGGGAAGGAGCUGGCGGCCUCCCAGACCACCGUGGACCCAGAGGGAGACAGCGCUUCCUACAGCAUCUUCAGCACAACCACGCUGCCGCUGGCCCCGGGGGACGUUCGCUCCCAGGUCACCUGCGAGGUGGCCCACGUGACCCUGCAGGGGGACCCCCCUCUUCGUGGGACUGCCAACUUGUGCGAGACCCUCCGAGGUAGAUGCCCGUCACCCCCGGCCCAAGCCCAGCUGCGGCCCCCAAGCCUCCCAGCCUGCCCCUCCCCCACUCCGUGCUCCCAGCCUUCCAUUCCCUGGAACCUGCCUCCUGACAGACCCUCCCAACCACCGGGCACCCAGGGGUACCGUCACCUCCUCCUGUUUUAACGGCAGUUCCGGGUGAACACCUACCGUGCUAGGUAGUUUGAUUUACUUUCCCAUAGCCACUCCAA